AGGAGGCCUCUCUGAUAGACCUACAUACUCACUCGAUGAAGACUGCGAUUCGUAAACAACAGCAACAAUGCGAAUCACGUAAACAGACGCGUCUGGCGGAGAUCGCAGCACGACGUCAAGCCACUCUCUUGAGCAUCGCGCAAAAGGCGGAAGCUUGUCGACACCGCCACGAGAGGCACAUGCGUGACCUCCGUCAGCCCAAAGUCGCACGGCUGAAUGCGCUCCUGGCACGCCAGCGAGAAUUAGAAGUCCGUAUGCAGGCCUGUUCUGUGCAGAUUGAACAAGCUUUUGCGACCACCGUGCAACAACUUGAAGUCGCGAUCAGUGAUCGCUUCGACGAGCUCGGCGACGCAUAGUGUGCAGACACCCUCUGGUUCCCGCAGCCAUGAGUAUCGGCGGAGAUCAACAGAAUGCUCACCGUAUGUGUACAUUGAAUGGCUCCCAUUGCUGUCCGUCUCGAUCGCCUCCUCCAACCUUUGCCCUGGCAUUGGUCAUAACAAUGUGAGAACAGAACUUUGAUGCCCGCAGGGAUUUACAUCUGGGACAUUACAAACUAAUAGCACAGUGCGGCAUCGAAGAACAUAAAUAGUCGACGCGCACAAGCCAUCAUGAUUCGAUUUCCGCUCUUGCCUUCGAACAG